UCCCAAGCAAUCGAUCGAGCUGUUGAAUUAGAUGAGCAAGGUGAGAACGAUCGAAUUAAGAUAGCUAGGAUGAAGUUAGAACAACACCCAAAACGAAAAGAGGCUAUGGACAUCUUCAACCGUGGAUGCCAGAAAGAACUCAAGGCAGAACAUAUCAUUCAAGUAGCAAAUAAAUUGAAGGACGAUGACACAGCCUCUUUCUUCUGUCACAUGGCUAAGAAGUUUCAGUGGGAAUGGUUGAUAAAUGAAGCUGGGUUAUCCGAAUUUUAUCAGGACAAGUAACAGUAUUUCAAGCUUUAUCAUCAAAACUUUAUCAGAUUAUCUUUGUUUAUUUUUUUUGUAUUUUCAUUUUACAUUAUUAAGCUCACUUCUCAUUGCAAAAGCGUUGUACAAGUCAUUAUAUAUAUAUAAUUAAUAGGUUCAAUUAUACAUAUAAAUACAUGUAUGAUACUAUUAUCAUUUGUUGCAACUGCUAAAAAUAUAACUGCUAAUUUAAAUAUU